CCCUACGCUGCUUGUGCGCCAUAUUUGAUACGAUUCUCUUGGUUUUCUACGUUUUCUACGUUAAACUACUUGAUUGACGUAAUAUACGUCAAAAACCUCGAAAGUCGUGAAACUACCCUACCCUGGUCGAGUUCUCUUGAGAAAGAACAAUAAACUAGACCGGUGACAACAAUGUAAAGUUAACAGCCUUCUACUUUAUCAUACGUCAAUGUUUUGUGCCUGUAUGACGUUUUUGGAUUGUACCGCGAAGAUAUAACAAUUUAAAAUGAUGGAUAUUGUUGGGGAAUCUGGGUCGGAGGAGGGUCAGGAGAGAUCGAGUUGUUUGAAUUCAGCGACAGUGGUUCGAGUACCGGUGAAACAUGCAAAUCUGGGCAUUCGAAGUCAUGCCAUGGAUAUGAGCACGAUGGUAGAACUAACGUCAUUUAGCACACUUGGGAAGAUACAACCAUUCCUGGUAACGAUUUCCACAACCGCUGCUCUUGUAGUCGAUUUACAUUGUCACCUCUCCGAUAAAGAAGUAUGCGGUUACUUAGGUGGGCACUGGGAUAUUAAUGCACAUAAUCUUGCAAUCACAAAUGCAUUUCCCUGUAGGUAUGCAGGAAAGGAUAAACAAGCUGCGUCUUUGGUAGAGUUAGAAAUUGCAAGAGCUAUGGAAUGGAAGCGAACGACACUGGUGGGCUGGUAUCACUCUCAUCCCCGUUCACACGCUUCACCCUCUUUACGGGAUGUAGAUUCGCAAUUGGAUUAUCAGAUAAAAAUGAAAGGAAUCAGCGAUAAUGGUUAUACUCCAUGCGUUGGACUGAUUUGCUCACCUUAUAACACCGAUGGGAAUUGCUACGAAUCAAACUUCAAUGUCUUUUGGUCGAUGCCACCUCCUGAAAACAGGCCCCAUGAAUAUCCCAGACCAAUGCUUCUCAGUUAUUCCUUGUCGCAAGAACACUUUCUCCCUCAAGAUGCUCUCGAGGAAAUUAAAAAGUGCAUAGACUAUUACAAAUCCGAAGGUGGUAUCGACUUUAUGGCUACGUUUAAUGGAAACACAACAUAUCUCGAGCGUUUAAGGAGCUCUUUAGCAUCCAAGCUUCCUGGACGUAACCAAUCAAACGGCUCGUACUGGGAUGUAAUCAGAGAGAUGAUUUGCCCUGGAGCCGAAGACCCUCCACCCGAUCCAUUCAUCUCCAGUGCUACUACAUCGAUGAAGUAUUCCUUGAUGACCGAUUCCCUAAACCAGCCCAGCAGUUUAAGCGCAAACAGUCUCUUCCUGGCACCGGCCAAGUUCAAGACAGACAAUUCGAGCAAUCCCUCGACUUCCCGGGAUAAGGACGAUGGUGUAGCUGAAGUUACUCCGAUCUACGCGAUGGCAGCGAAGGACUCGAGUUUAGGAUCGAAGCACAGACUUCAAGCCGAUCCAGUUCCCAGCUUCCAGUCGGGCGAGCUGACGGUGUCCGUAAAAAAUACGAAGUGUGAGUACGAGUUCCCGUCCAGUGGCGAUUUCUCGAAGAUAUCGAGCCUCUUGGGCGACUCGUCGAGCAAAUUCAGGCCCGCGACCGGCGACUUCCCGCUGGCCGACAUAUCGCAGGUCACCAAGUUCUCCGAGCUCAGCAAACUCGCGAACUUCUCGACCGCGGACCUGGCGAAGCUCUCCGGCUUCGCCCUGAACGACUUCACGAAGAUGUCCCCGUACGUAUGCAACAUUGCUAACUUAUUCGGUCCACCGGGCAAGGUGUCGAAGGAGGUCGACCCCGGUGAGAGGAAAGUCGACGACUUCGCGACGGCCGUGGCCGUUCGCCAGUCCUUCAAGGCUCCUAUGUCUGCAGAAGCCGGCAUGGACGACUUCUCGAUGGAUCAUAAAAAGCCCCUCGACUUGGGCGAAGGUCCCAAGAGACCGACGGAUUACUCCUCCGAGGACUUGACCGUCUCCGGCGUCAAGUCCGACUUCGGAGCGAUGCUCGACAUGACGACCUUGCACGCGAAGAAGCAACAGCAAGGCGAGUGUGACUCCUUGAACCUUUCGAAAGACCGACAAUAAUUUCUGCCACUCUGUAGUCUAAGUGUCGGGCUGUGUUAAGCCUUGGAGAGGAGCGUCCUCUUGGUAAGUUGUUAGGCUUAAUUAAUAUUUAUUCCAAGAUGUAGGGCAAGACGCUGGUAACUGCCUUUUAAUGUGCCGCCGAGUGUUUACGACGAAUAAAGGAUAAACGAGA